AUGUCUGCCUCUGUCUUGCCACAGAAGCGGGUGUUCGGCGAGGCUUCAAGUGCCCGUCGUAACAUCCCCGCCACACCGGGCUCUUCCAAGAAACGGAGACUCGAACCCUUCUCAUCAUCUCCAGCUACAGGGCUGAAGAGCUCCCAGAACAACAAGCUUGGAUCCAGCCAGCCGAAGAGCGCCUUCGAAUCCGAAGUUCUCGAAAAGCUCAGCCAGGAUAUCUCCGGCCUAAAGCAGGCCAACGCUGAGAAAGACCAAGCUUGGGAACGACCACCUGUCCCGAAAACCUUCAGUCCUCAGCGAAAUAGCUUGACAUUUCAACAGAUCGAGGCCGAGGAGGGCACCAUCCAUGGAGGGCAUGCUACAGUGAAGCUCUUUGGUGUUACUGAACAUGGCAACUCCGUCAUGCUUCACGUCAAAGACUUUAAACACUAUCUCUACGUGGCCGCCCCCAGCUCUUUCACUCCACAAGACUGUCCGACAUUUCGAGCAUACCUCGAGUCUCAGAUCGCUCAGCACCAACCGGUCAUCCAUUCGGUUCAAAUGACCAUGCGAGAAAAUAUCUAUGGGUUCCAGAACAACACACAAAAUCCGUACCUGAAAAUCACGGUAACAGACCCCAAGUUCAUCAACAAGGUCCGAACAACCAUUCAGAGUGGGAAUGCCAAUUGGAAAGGUCUGUGGAAGUCUCCCGAUGGUGGUAUCCUCACCUUUGACAACAUUCAAUACGUGCUACGGUUCAUGGUCGACUGCAAGAUUGCCGGAAUGGCCUGGGUAGAGGCCCCAGCGGCCAAAUAUCACCUCAUCCCAGAAUCACAGAAGCAGUCUAACUGUCAGAUCGAGGCUGAAGUGAGCUAUCUCGAUCUCAUUGCCCACAAGCCAGUGGGAGAGUGGUCAAAGAUGGCGCCACUUAGAAUCUUGUCUUUUGAUAUCGAAUGCGCUGGCCGCAAGGGUAUCUUUCCCGAAGCAAAUAUGGAUCCUGUCAUCCAGAUAGCCAAUGUCGUCACGAAAUAUGGAGAGCGAAAGCCAUUUGUCCGGAAUGUUUUCUGUCUCGACACUACAAGCCCGAUCGUGGCAACGCAGAUAUUGGAGUUUGAGAGGGAAGAGAAGAUGCUUAUGGCUUGGAGAAAUUUUCUGGACAAGGUUGAUCCGGAUAUUAUCACCGGAUACAACAUCUCCAACUUCGACUUUCCAUAUCUACUUGAUCGAGCAAAGCAUCUGAAAGUGCACGGAUUCGAAUACUGGUCCCGAAUUCCCACUGUGAAAUCUGUAUCGAAGGAAACCAACUUCUCCAGCAAGCAGAUGGGAAAUCGUGACACCAAGGCGACAAACACCAAUGGCCGACUGCAGCUCGAUCUGCUGCAGCUGAUCCAACGUGAUCAUCAUUUGAGAAGUUACACGUUGAAUUCAGUCUGCUCGCACUUCCUUGGUGAGCAGAAAGAGGACGUCCACUAUACCAUGAUUACCGAAUUGUUCAACGGCACGCCGGAAUCACGCCGAAGAUUGGCGUUGUACUGCCUGAAGGACGCUUACCUGCCACAGAGACUGAUGGACAAGCUCUCCUGUCUUGAAAACUACACUGAAAUGGCAAGAGUCACGGGUGUGCCUUUCAACUUUCUUCUUUCUCGUGGUCAGCAAGUCAAAUUCAUUAGCCAGCUCUUCCGCAAGGCUCUCGAACAAAAGCUAGUCAUUCCGGACUUGAGGGCAGAUAGUUCCGAUGAGCAGUAUGAGGGUGCGACAGUUAUUGAACCCACUCGUGGUUUUUAUGACGUGCCAAUCGCGACCCUCGAUUUUGCUUCGCUGUAUCCCAGUAUCAUGCAGGCUCACAACCUGUGCUAUACCACACUUGUGUCGAAGAAGGCCAUUGAGGCCUUCGGAUUGAAGAAAGACGAGGAUUACAUUGUUACUCCAAACGGAGACACCUUCGUCACUGCUCAACGGAGGAAGGGGCUCCUCGCCCAGAUUCUUGAGGAACUCUUGUCCGCCAGAAAGCAAGCAAAGAGAGAAUUGGCCGUUGAGACUGAUCCAUUCAAGAAAGCCGUGUUGAACGGUCGCCAACUAGCGUUGAAGAUCAGUGCCAACUCGGUGUACGGUCUGACAGGUGCCACGAAUGGAAAGCUGCCCUGUCUAGAAAUUGCCAGCAGCACAACGAGUUUUGGUCGACAGAUGAUUGAGAAGACCAAACACGAGGUGGAGACGAAAUACUGUAUGCAGAAUGGGUACUCGCAUGAUGCACAGGUCAUCUACGGUGACACUGAUUCUGUGAUGGUCAAAUUUGGGACGAAGGAUCUUGCGGAAGCCAUGAAGCUAGGCGAGGAAGCGGCACAAUUCGUCUCAUCCAAGUUUACCAAACCCAUCAAACUGGAAUUCGAGAAGGUCUAUUUCCCAUACCUGCUGAUCAACAAGAAGCGAUACGCCGGGCUCUUUUGGACGAAGCCGGAGAAGUUCGACAAGAUGGACACAAAAGGUAUUGAGACCGUUCGACGUGACAACUGUCUCUUGGUCCAAACUGUCAUCGAGAAGGUGUUGAGGAUGAUCCUGAUCGAUCAGGACGUCUCGGGUGCUCAAGAGUACGUCAAGGACACAAUUGCAGAUCUACUGCAGAACAAGGUCGAUAUGUCGAAGCUUGUGAUUACAAAGGCCCUCACCAAAGACGACUACACAGCCAAGCAAGCGCACGUGGAGCUUGCCCAGCGGAUGAAGAAGCGAGACGCCGGUUCAGCUCCUGCUCUUGGUGAUCGUGUUGCAUAUGUCAUGGUGAAGGGCGCCGCAGGAUCCAAGAACUUUGAGAGAUCAGAAGACCCCAUUUACGUACUCGAGAACAACGUCCCUAUUGACACGAGAUACUACCUAGACAAUCAGCUGGCAAAGCCCUUGGGCCGUAUCUUUGAGCCCAUCUUGGGCGAAACCAAGGCAAAGUCCUUGCUGACUGGUGCCCAUACUCGCUCCAUCGCGGUGGCAGCGCCCACGGUUGGAGGAUUGAUGAAGUUCACCAAGAAGACGCAGACCUGCAUGGGCUGCAAGAAGCCUCUCACGGGCAAAGAGGAGAGUCGCGGUGCCGUCUGUGCAGACGACGCGCCCCGUGUUGGCGAGCUCUACAAGAAGACGUUGGACAAGGUGUCAGACCUCGAGGUGAGGUUCGGCAGACUCUGGACCCAGUGCCAGAGAUGCCAGGGAAGCAUGCACUGCGAAGUCAUCUGCAGCAGCAAGGAUUGUCCGAUCUUCUACAUGCGCAUGAAGGCCAAGAAAGAUUUGGAGGAUGCGAACAAGGAGCUCACACGGUUCGACUUCGAUCAAGCCGCCAUCUGGUGA